ACAAUGCAACAGGCUCUCUGGUAGAAGCAUUUCCCGCACUGCAGGUCGCUUUGGGAGCUCAUCACGGAAGAGAAGCUGCAUCUGACUCAUGUAACAGAUGAAUGCGGGUGAGAAGCAAGAGAGGGAAGAUACGGGUCUAAGGGUUUAUCCACACUUACACUUGAAUCCCCCACCCCACCCCCAAAACGGCUCUAUUGUGCUCAGUUACAGGAGCAAGCAGCAAUUCAGAUUUUCCCCAGUUUGGCCUUUAAUCCAACCUAUCUCUAAAGAGCAGGUUUUUCCCUUGGAAAGGAGUGGGAUAAGGGGAAAACUGCCCAGACAUGUACUUUCCUAAGCAGAUGUGUGAAGAAAAGAGUGGGGAGAGGCUGAAUUGUAGAAUCAAAAGAAUUGAGAGUUGGAAGGGGAUCUGAGGGCCAUCUAAUCCAACCCCUGCAAUAGAGCCAUUGGAAUAUGCAGUGGUAAUGCGUAGAUAUCUAGAACCAUGGAAGGGGGGGAGGGAAGUUGAUGACUAUGAUUGUGUGAGUAAAUUGAAUGGAAUAUGAAAACUUGUAAUGGAAAAAAGCACAUUAAAAAAAAUUGAAAAAGAGAAUGCAGUGUCAGGGCUCUAGCACCAAACCAGAGCCCUUGCUCUGCCCUCCCCGAAGCCAGAUAUAGUCAUACCUCGGGUUAAAUAUGCUUCAGGUUGAGUGUUUUCAGGUUACGCUCCCCAGCAACCCGGAAGUAACGGAAUGCAUUACUUCUGGGUUUUGCCGCUCUUGCAUGCGCAGACGCUCAAAAUGACGUCACGCAAAUGCGCGGAAGAGGCAAAAUAUGACCCGCACAUGCUCAGACGCACAGUCGUGGGUUACGUUCUACUCAGGAUGCGAAUGGGGCUCCGGAACGGAUCCCGUUCGCAUCCAGAGGUACCACUGUAAUUGUAAUUCUGGUUUUUCUUUUGCCUCUUAUAUUGUCUUUUCUUGUGCCAUGGAAUUCCAAUUGUAAUAGCAAUAAAAUGAAAUAUAAAAAUAAGAUUCAAAAUAAUAAAUAAAAGAAGUAAUUAAAAUGCAACUGAACAAACAUACAGCAUCUGUUUUUCAACAGUCUACAGUUUUAAGUUCUGUUUUUUUAAAAAAACACCCUCCCAGAUCCCAUAAAUGACAGCUUACAUAGGGCUCAGCUGCAAGCAUUGUUUCUCAAACUUGAGGUGUUUUUGGACUACAACUCCCAUCAUCCCUAGCUAGCAAGACCAAUGGUCAGGAAUGAUGGGAGUUUGUAGUCUAGCAUUGUUUGGGUGGGUGCCUAAGUUUGAUAAAUACUGGAAGAGACUGCAUCUCCCAGAAGGCUUUGGGUUUGGAUAAGAAAGAAGACAAGGACUGGGCAGCCCCAGAAUGCAAUGGGAUUUUGUUUUCUCCCCUCAGCCCUCUUUCUCAAGGAAUCUUCUUGGUGGGAAGGGGAGGACGCAGAACAAUAUUGUUGUGAUAAGGAAAAUUAGGGGGGUGUUUGCAGGGUGUCCUUAGGGAGUUUUGGGAAGAGAAGCUGCAGCUGACUUGUGUAAUGUUAUAUAUAACAUAUAUGUGAAUGAGUGAGUGGUGCAAGGGCUCAGGUAGCAUCCUAGAGCCCCUCUGCCUUCCUUAAGCCAAAUAAUUAUAUUUAUUGUGCUUCUUUUGUUUAAUAGAAUCAUAGAAUCUUUGGACUGGAAGGGGUCCUGAGGGUCAUCUAGUCUAACCCCCUGCAAUGCAGGAAUCUCAGCUAACGCAUCCAUGACAGAGGGCCAUCCAACCUCUGCUUAAAAACCUCCAAGGAAGGAGAUUCUGCAACCUCCCGAGGGAGACCGUUCCCACGGUCAAACAGCUCUUAUUAUCAGAAAGUUCUUUCGUACGUCUAGUUGGAAUCUCCUUAUAUCAUAUUGUACUGUAUAUCAAACUUUAGUCCCCAGGUGUUGUUGGACUACAACUCCCAUCAUUCUUUGCUUGCAGGACCAGGGACCAGGGAUUAUGGGAAUUGUAGUCCAAAAAAACAGGAGCAAGAUUGAGAAACACUGGAAGAUACUACAUCUCCCAGAAGGCUUUGGGUCUGGAAAAGAAAGAACGCCAGGCGUGGGAAGCCCCACAAUGCAAUGGGCUCUUGCUUUCUCCCCUGAGUCCUCCUUAUCAGGGCAGGAAGUGGAGGAGGAAAAACAAGGGGUUUGCAAUAGGACUUUAGAGGGAAAAGCCUUUCUGUGAAGGCUGCACAUGGGGCAGGAUGGAAGUCGCUUGAAAGGUGUCCUUUGGGAGCUCAUCACAGAAGAGAAGCUGCAGCUGAAUUGUGUAACAGGUGAAUGUGGGUGAGAAGCCGGAAAGGGAAGACACGGGUCUAAGGGCUUAUCCACACUUACUCUUGAAUCCCCCCCCCCCAUAAAAACUGCUCUUUCGUGCUCAAAGGAGCAAGCAGCCAUUCAGAUGUCCCCCAGAUUGGCCUUUGAUCCAGCUUACCCAUAAAGAGCAGGUUUUUGGUAGUUGUAGUGCAAAAACACCAGGGGACUCAAGUUUGGGAAACUAUGCUUGCAGGAGAGGAGCAAGGGAGAAACUGCCCAGACAUGUGCUUUCCUAAGCGGAUGUGUGAAGAAAAGAGUAGGGAGAGGCUGAAUCAUAGAAGCAAAGAAUUGUAGAGUUGGAAGGGGAUCUGAGGGUCAUCUAGUCUAACCCCCUGCAAUGGAGCCAGUGGAAUAUGCAGUUGUAAUGGGUAGAUAUCUAGAACCAUGGAAGGGGGGAGGGAAGUUGAUGACUAUGAUUGUGUGAGAUAAUUGAAUGGAAUAUGAAAACUUGUAAUGGAAAAAAGCAUAUAUAUAUUUUUAAGAGAAUGCAGUGCCAGGGCUCUGGCACCAUACCAGAGCCCUUGCUCUGCCCUACAACUCCCAUCAUCCCUAGCUAGCAAGACCAGUGGUCAGGAAUGAUGGGAGUUUGUAGUCUAACAUUGAUUGGGUGGGUACCUAAGUAUGAUAAAUACUGGAAGAGACUAUAUCUCCCAGAAGGCUUUGGGUCUGGAUAAGAAAGGAGAGGAGGCAGAACAAUAUUGUUGUGAUAAGGAAAAGCACAUCAGGGGGGGGGUCGCUUGCAGGGUGCCCUUAGGGAGUUUUGGGAAACGAAGCUGCAGUCGACUCUUGUAAUGUUAUUUAUAAUGUAUAUAUGAAUGAAUGAAUGAAUGAGUGGUGCAAGGGCUCAGGUAGCAUCCCAGAGCCCCUCACUCCGCCUUCCUUUAGCCAGAUAAUUAUAUUUCUUUUGCGUCUUUUGUUUAAUAGAGUCAUAGAAUCUUGGGGCUGGAAGGGUUCCCGAGGGUCAUCUAGUCCAACCCCCUGCAAUGCAAGAAACUCAGCUAACGCAUCCAUGACAGAUGGCCAUCCAAUCUCUGCUUAAAAACUUCCAAGGAAGGAGAUUCUGCAACCUCCCGAGGGAGACCGUUCCCACGGUUGAACAGCUCUUAUUAUCAGAAAGUUCUUUCGUAAGUCUAGUUGGAAUCUCCUUAUAUCAUAUUGUACUGUAUAUCAAACUUGAGUCCCCAGUUGUUGUUGGACUACAACUCCCAUAAUCCUUUGCUUGCAGGACCAGUGGUCAGGAAUGAUGAGACUUUGUAGGGUGGGUACCCAAAUUUGAGAAACACUGGAAGAAACUUCAUCUCCCAGAAGGCUUUGGGUCUGAUAAGAAAGUAGGCUUGAGAAGCCCCACAGUGCAAUGCACUUUUGCUUUCUCCCAUCAGCCCUCAGGUACUCUUCUUGGCAGGAAGGGGAAGAGACAGAACAGGAUUGUUGUGAUAAGGAAAAGCACAUUGGAGAAAGACAGAGGUCACUUUCAGGGUUUCCUGUGGGAGUUUAUCACAGAAGAGAAGCUGCAGAUUACUCUUGUAACGGGUGAAUGUGAGUGAGAAGCAGGAGAGGGGAGAUAUGGGUCUAAGGGCUUAUCCACACUUUCUCUUGAAUCCCCCAGCCCACCACCAAAACUGCUCUUUCGUGCUCAGUUAGAGGAGCAAGCAGCAAUUCAGAUUUCCCCCAGAUUGACCUUUGAUCCAGCCUAUCCCUAAAGUGCAAGUUUUUCCCUUGAAAAGCAGCGGAGCAAGGGGGAAACUGCCCAGACAUGUGCUUUCUUAAGCAGAUGUGUGAGGGAAAGAGUGGGGAGAGGCUGAAUAGUAGAAUCAAAAGAAUUGUAGAGUUGGAAGGAGAUCUGAGGGGCAUCUAGUCCAACCCCCUGCAAAGGAGCCAUUGGAAUAUGCAGUUGUAAUGGGUAGAUAUCUAGAACCAUGGAAGGGUGGGGGGAGUUGAUGACUAUGAUUGUGUGAGUAAAUUGAAUGGAAUAUGAAAACUUGUAAUGGAAUAAAAGCAUAAAUAUAUAUAUAUUAAGAGAAUAUAUAUAUUAAGAGAAUGCAGUGCCAGGGCUCUGGCACCAUACCAGAGCCCUUGCUCUGCCAUCCCCGAAGCCAGAUAAUUGUAAUUCUGCUGUUUCUUUUGCUUCUUAUAUUGGCCUUUGAUCCAACCUAUCCUAAAGAGCAAGUUUUCCUCUGGAAAGGAGUGGGGCAAGGCAGAAACUGCUCAGACACAUGCUUUCCUAAGCGGAUGUGUGAGGGAAAGAGCAGGGAUAGGUAGAAUUGGAGAGUACGGAACUAUGGAAGGGAGGAAGGGAAGUCGAUGACCAUGACUGUGUGAGUAAAUCAAUGGAAUAUGAAAACUUGUAAUGAAAACGGCACAAAUAAUUGUGUGUGUAGAUAGAUAGAUAGAUAGAUAGAUAGAUAGACAGAUAGAUAGAUAAGGCGUUGCCAGGGCUCUGGCAUCAUCCCAGAGCCCUCGCUCCACCCUCCCGAAGUCAGAUGAUUGUAUUUUUGGGGGUUUUUUGUUUGUGUCCUAUUUUGUAUUUUCUUUUGCCAUAGAAUUCUGAUUGUAAUGCCAAAUUCAGCUAAAUCAUACAUUACAUUACAACCUCUGCUUGAAAACCUUCAUGGAAAGUGAGGUGUGUAUGUGAGAGAAAAGGGGGAUGUGAAGCCCCCUCAGAUAUUGUUUCUAAAAUUGGUGGAUGCAGUCUGCAGCAGUAUCACUGGAAAUAAUUGGUGGUGUAUCAAAAUUGGCUUAUUUAAAUUGCUGGUUGGUAAAAUCAAAAACUUAUUAGCAUACCAUUUACAAGAGGGCCCCCGAGAUUUCGACUGCCUAGGGGCCUCCACAGAGUUCAAUCCUGCGCUGGUGGGGGCAGGAAAACAAUAGGGAUUUUCAGGACAUAGACUUCCCAUAAGAAGCUUCUGGUUGUGGUGGGUAGAUUGGCAGACAGGAUUGUUGGGUUGCCAUGCACCCGGAACUUCCUGGAAAUAGCCAGGAUUCAGCUGUCGGAAAUGGUGUCUGGGCGGAAAUUGCUGUAAUGUCCGGAAAAACCCAGAUGUACAGAAACCCAUGUCAGAAGUGUAGAAUUUAGUGAAUUUCCAUGGGGGGGAAAAAGCUCGAAAACUUGUGUCCGGAUUUUCACUUUUUGAAAUAUGGCAACCCUAAGGAUCAGUGAGACACACUGACAAGUGUGAAGUUGAAACAAGAGUGUUUUGAAAGAGGAGGAGAAACUUCACCCUUUCCACUAAACUUCACCCCUUCCACUAAAAUUAUGCCAUGCAUAAUUUUAUAAAUUUCUAUCGUGUCACCUCUCACUUUGCUUUUCUGAAAAGCCCCAAAUGCUUUUUGACGUGAGGCGACCUGUAUUAUUCCAAAUGCAGCUGCACCAUAGAUUUGUAUAAUGGCACUAUGAUAUUGUAUGGAGAAUUUGCCUUUUUCACAGACUCCAUACACACACUGGACCAAAACCUUUGAGCUGUUCACUAUGACCCCAAGGUCUUCUUGCUGGUCAGUCAAAUGCCAGUAGGUUUCCGAGCACAAUUCAAAGUGUUGGUUCAAUUCAAAAUGUUGGGCGGCUGCCCUCCCAUCAGAUGUCAAGGAAAUAAAGAACUAUCUGACUUUUAGAACACAUCUGAAGGUAGCCCUGUUUAGGGAAGUUUUCAAUGUUUGAUAUUUUCUUGUGCUUUUAAUUCUGUUGGGAGCCACCCAGAGUGGCUGGGGAAAUCCAGCCAGAUGGGUGGGGUAUAAGUAAAUUAUUAUUAUUAUUAUUAUUAUUAUUAUUAUUAUUAUUAAUCCCAUAGGCGAAUGAGAGGCCAAUGCUAAAAGUUCUAUUUUCAUACAGGGUGGUAAAAAGAGGCGGUCCCACAUCCGUCGUGAUCCUCCGCCAAGCCGUCAGUUGAAAACCAAGGAGAAUGAUGCAGAAGCGCCUUUCCCUGGGAGCGAUGUUAUUGCUGGAACACUCCUACUGUCGCCCAGCCAGUCCAGGUAGGUCAGCGACUAAAUGGUUUUCACAUGCGUAUGCCCUGUGGAACACCUUCCCAUCUUCUUUUAGAAGACAUCUGAAGGCAGCCCUGUUUAGGGAAGUUUUUAAUGUUUGAAGGUUUAUUCUGUUUUUAGUCUUCUGUUGGGAGCCGCCCAGAGUGGCUGGGGAAACCCAUCCUGUUGGGCAGCGUAUAAGUAAUAAAGUUGUUGUUGUUGUUGUUAAAGAGGAAUCCAGAGGUCAUUGUGCAUCGGGGAAUCUUCUGGAAUGGAGAAAUAAGGAGCAAUUUAUGCAGACAGUGACAUUAUGCCACAGACUAUGCCAGAGGAGAGUGUCACACUCACCAAAGGCAGGUUAAGGGGAACACCAAGCCAAGAGGGAGCUGCUGGGGGCACCACAACAAUGAGGAACAUUGGAAGGGGAGAGUUGUUUGGGGCACCGAAUUUUGGUGUUUCACAGGGUGGUGUUGAAAUUUCAAAGCCCUCACACCUUCCUUGUGCAGCUCAAUGUAGCUUUCAAGGUGGGGUGGGGGUGCGAUUGUAACAACCUACCACUACCUCCUGACAAAGUAUAAUAAUAAUAAUAAUAAUAAUAAUAAUAAUAAUAAUAAUUUAUUUAUAUCCCACCCUCCCCAGCCAAAGCCGGGCUCAGAGCAGCUAACAACAAUAAAAGUAACACAGCAUUCUAAAAUCAAUUCAAAAUCAAAUUAAUGGCAAGCAUUGGGCCAGAGUUCUGUGAGGACUACCAAAGGAGGGGUCAGGCUGUGCCUUGGCCAAAGGCCUGGUGGAACCGCUCUGUCUUGCGGAAAGAUGUCAAGUCCUGCAGGGCCCUAGUCUCUUGUGACAGAGCAUUCCACCAGAUCGGGGCCACAGCCGAAAAAAGCUGUGUUUGGAAAAGUUUGGAAGUUUAGUCACCUUCGUGGAAUGCCAGCAAGAAACAUCAAAAAUGCUGCUGGGAUCCUGACCCCAAUGAUAAGGUGAUCUGGCUGGCAGCCUUGCACACUCACAUGCACAUCCUGAAAAGCCACUUCUGAGAGGGAGAGACUUCAUCAGGCAAGGCCUUCUUCCACCUGCCUUGUCCCAUCCUCCAGUCUCUGCUUCUCAAUUUUUUUUAUCUACUAUGUUAUGCACUGUGGCUUGCUGUUGUGUUAAUGAUUGUAGCUUGGACGCUAUUUAUUGUAAUUGUUAAGAGUGGGUUUCUGUUUAAUUUUUAUAUGCUGAUAAUUAAUAUUAUUCUAUACUAUUCUAAUGAUUGUUGAAUGCUAAUUUAUUUGAUGUAGGUUGCUUAUUUUAAAGUUAUGUUUUACUAACACAUUAGAUUGUUAUAAGGUGUACGUUCUUUGUUUCUUCAGCUUGUAAACCGCCUUGGGUAUCGUAAGAUAGAAAGACGGUUUACGAAUUAAAAGUGAUGAUGAUGACUAAAGUGAGGCCACUUUGGCUGGAGAACAGAGGGGCUGUGGGCCUACCCCUGGCUACACUUAAUGUAAAUUGUGGGGGGUUGUGAGAGCUUUCACAGUUUCAGGCUUCAUAUCUUGCAUAUCAUAGCACAACCAUUAUUCAGUUUACAAACUGAAUUGUGUGGUUCCUUCUCUUCCAGACUCAGACUAACUUUCCACCCUUCUCUCUCUCUAAGCAGAUGACACCAGCAGAAAAUAUACCUGCCCAAUCUGUGGCGAGUGCUUUGCCUCCACGUUGGCUCUUGCCAGACACCAGAGAAUCCACACAGGAGAGAAGCCCCAGAACGGCAGUGAGAGUGGGGAAUGUUUUGGUCAGAGUUCAGGGCUUUUGAGCCACCAAAGUACCCGCCAAAGAGAAAAACCCCAUAAGUGUGCAGAGUGUGGGGAAACGUUUUCUCAUCGAUCCGUCCUUCAGCUCCAUCGGAAGGUCCAUGCAGCAGACAACUCCUACAACUGCCGGAAGUGUGGAGAGAAACAUUCCCGACUCUCGGAUUUUGUGAAGCAUCUCAGAGCCCACGCAAGAAUAAAACCGUACAAAUGCUUGGAGUGUGGGAAAUGUUUCCCUCAGGAAUUGCAGCUUUGUGAACACCAGAGAGUCCACACAGGAAAUAAACAACACAAAUACUUACAGUCUGAGACGAGCUUUUCUAGACGGCGGCAACUGGUGAGACGUCAGCAGAUCUAUAAGGGGGGUAAACCCUAUAAGUGCAUGAAAUGUGGCAAAUCGUUUGCUCAGCACACUGUUCUUGUCAUCCAUCGGAGGGGCCACUCGGGAAAGAAACCAUAUAAAUGCUUGGAGUGUGGGGGAAAUUUCCCUAGCCGAUCAGUUUUUGUGAAACAUCAGAGAAUCCACACAGGGCCCCACAGAUGUGAUGGGUGCGGGAAAAGUUUUCUCUGGAGAUCACAGCUUCUUGUACACCAGAAAAUCCCCACGGGACAGAAAUGCCACAAAUGCAGUGAUUGUGAGUCAUCCUUCUCUUGUAGGCCACAACUUGUUAUUCAUCAGCGAACCCAUUCAGGAGAAAAGCCUCAUAUGUGCUUGGAGUGUGGGAAACGCUUCCCCACAAAAUCAGAUCUUGUUCAACACCAGAUAAUCCACCCAGGAAAGAAACCCUAUCAAUGCACAGAGUGUGGGAAAUGUUUUCUUGAUAAAUCUGCCCUUUGGAGCCAUCAGGCGGUUCACAGUGGAGAGAGGCCCCAUAAGUGUGUGGAGUGUGGGGAAAGGUUUGUUUCGCCGUCAGAACUUGAAAUCCAUCAGGGAAUCCACACAGGAGAGAAACCCUACAAAUGCAGGAAAUGUGGAAAAUGCUUUGCCGGCCUAGCAGACCUUGAUGAACACCAGAGAGUGCACACAAUAAAGGGGCCUUAUGAAUGUAGAGAUUGUGGGAAAUGUUUUUCUACUUCAUCACAUCUUAAUAGACAUAAGAAAGCCCACCCAGGGAAGCCAUAUAUAUGUUUGGAAUGUGGAAUGAUAUUUUCUCAUUCACAUACCCUUAAGGGGCACCAGAAAAAGCAUACAGUAAAUAGAUGCCAUGAAUGCUUGGAAUGUGGGAAAUGUUUUUCUAGGAGAGACGGUCUUGUGAUUCAUCAGAGAAUCCACACAGGGGAGAAGCCCUACAAAUGCUCAGUGUGUGGGAAAUGCUUUUCAAGGAGAGAGAGUCUUGUAAAACAUCGGAGAGUCCACCCAGGUGAGAUAUCCUAUAAAUGCACAGAGUGUGAGGAAUGUUUUACCAGCGAAUCACAGUUUAUCAUCCAUCAGAAAAGCCAUGCAGGAAAGAAACCCAACAAAUGCACGGAAUGUGGAAAAGUCUUUACCAAGAGUAAGAACCUUCGUAGACACGAGAGAAAUCAUACUCAUUCGGAACUCUACAAAUGCGUGGAAUGUCGAAAACACUUUGCCAGCCUAGCAGACCUUGAUGAACACCAGAGAGUGCACAUAGGAGAGGGGCCUUAUAAAUGUGAAGAUUGUGGGAAAUGUUUUUCUGUUUCAGCACAUCUUAUGAGACAUAAGAGAAUUCACCCAAGAAAGCCAUAUAUAUGUUUGGACUGUGGAAUGAUAUUUUCUCAUUCACAUACCCUUAAGGGGCACCAGAAAAAGCAUACAGUAAAUAGAUGCCAUAAAUGCUUGGAAUGUGGGAAAUGUUUUUCUAGGAAACACUGCCUUGUGCUUCAUCAGAGAACCCACACAGGGGAGAAGCCCUACAAAUGCUCAGAGUGUGGGAAAUUCUUUUCGAGAAGAGACGGUCUUCUGAAACAUCAGCGAAUCCACACAGGAAAGAUAGUCUAUAAAUGCACAGAGUGUGAGGAAUGUUUUGCUAGCGAAUGGCGGCUUAUGAUCCAUCAGAAGACCCAUGCAGGAGACAAACCUUACAAAUGCACAGAAUGUGGACAAUUAUUUACCAAGAGUAAGAACCUUCGUAGGCAUGAGAGAAAUCAUAAUAAAUCGGAACCCUAGAAAGCAUAUCUCAUAAUCCCUUGGACAAUCAAUACAGGAGACAAGCCCUACAAAUGCUUGGAGUGUGAAAAAUGUUUUUCUGAAAAGUUGGAGCUUCUUAUACCCAAGAGAGUCCACACAGGAGAGAGGCCUUACCGGUGUGUAGUGUGUGGGAAAUGUUUCUCACAGAGAAACCUUAAAAAACACCAGAGACUCCAUAAAGAAUAGAAAGCAUAUAAAUGUUGGGAGUGCGGGAAAUGUUAUUUAAAUAAGAUUUUGUUACAGAUUUUUAGUAAUACAAUAAGAUAAAAGAAACAAAUCUAAAUAAAAAACAGAAACAAAGAGAGACGGAUAAGAGAAAAUACCAAAGGAACACAACAAUAUAGAAGAAAAGAAAAGAGAAAACGACUUCUGAUUCUCCCAUCUGUUACAUAAAAUAAAUUAUUAAAAAUAUUCACCCUAGAAUGACAUCCAACAGAUCUACUUUCUGUUAGGUAAUAUUUUCCUAGUCUUCUAUCCCAAAUGUAUCUGAUUAAUUCAUAUUCCUUUAUAAACAAAAAGUCCAAAAGGGGUUCUCUAAUUAUUGCUAUUAAUAAAUUUCAGCAAUCAUUUUCCUCUAAACAAACAUAUGAACUUUACCUCUAUUAACUUCAACCAUUCCUCCAUAUUAAAUGUUAAAAUAUCUUUCCAUCUUUGUCCACACAAGAGUUUAUUUUAUUUAUAUAUUAAAAUAGUACGCCACAAUCCUUUUUUUAUUGUGUAUUCAUUAACUGAAUUUCCAGAUUGUAGACAGAGACCUUUCUCUCUCAACUCUGUCUCUGUUGGCUCAGGGUCUCUCUUCAUUUCUCCAUCCAUGGCUUCAUUCCACUCCUCCGACAUCACAACAAUUCUACUUUUUAAUUCCUCUAAACACCUCUGCGAAGAGCUUUUCCAUUUUCUGGCAACCCUUUAUCGAAAUUGCUCCCUGAAGUCUCUGUGUCCUCUUUGUUUCCAUUUUCCAUUUCAUCCUUCUCUCUCUCUCUCUCUCUCUCUCUCUCUCUCAGUUCUUAUUUGAUUUUUCAAAUACAGAUUUACAACAAAACCAAAUACAUUUCCAUAUACAGAGUUUUCUCCGAAUCUUGAGACACCCCCAUCCCCUCCAUGGGUCCUAAUGUCUGCAUUUUCAACUGCUUAUUAUUAUCAAAUCUAUAUUUUAUAUCUAUCCAUAUUAUCCAUCGAAUUUGUUACAUUACAAGUGAGAUUAAAAUCCUGCUAAUGUUUUCAUUUGCUUACGGUAGUCUCCUAAAUAAAUUAUAAAUUUUCCCCAUUCUUUCUUGAACUUUUUGUCUUCUUGGUUCCUGAACUUUCCAGUCAGUUUUGCCAUUUUGGCAUAGUCCAACAGCUUGAUUUACCAUUCUUCUCUGGGCGGGAUUUUGUCUUCGUUCCACCUCUAGGCUAGUAGCAUCCAUGUGGCUCUUGUCACAUGCAUAAAAGGUUUUCCUCCUUAUAAAAAAGCUGCUGGUUUUUUUAUAUAUACAAAAGUUAUUUUAAACAUUUUUUCCAAUUCAUUAUAUAUCAUCUCCCAGAAAGCUUUUAUUACCUCGCACAGCCACCACAUAUGAUAAAAGGUACCUUCUUUCUCUUUACAUUUCCAGCAGGUAUUUGUACUGGUUCUAUACAUCAUGGAACUUUGAAGUGUCAGGCAUAGCCCUAUUGGCUUUAGCCCAAACGUAGCAGAGUUUUCCUGCACAGCGAAGAAGCUAGUUGCGGCGAUAAUGACUAGUCAGCUAGACUCAGAAGAACUAUUUACAGGAUUUAUUAAAAGGAAAAAUAAAACCAGCAGAGUUUCUGCAUACAAAUAAAAGCAAAAUAAAUCCUUCCUUUCUCUCUCUCUCUCUCUCAUAACCAUACACAGCACUUCUACUCCUAACAACACCUCACAUCAAACUGUGCUAGCAAUCCCUAGAUAACAGAACAGAGUGCUGCUCGUUAACCAAUCAGAGUAAGCAGUUUCUAGGUCAAGCUGACCUGGGCUUUCUGCCAAGAGUAAAUUGACACAGCCCUGAGUUAAUUGUGCGAAGCUAGAAUCUGCAAGUUUCCCACGAGAACCAAUUAACAGAAACUGAACACCCCCUCACAGAUUCUGCUGAACAAUUAACACCAAAUACACCUAUGUAGGAGAUCAUUUUUCCAGCAAACCUAAACCCUUGCACAUUCGCUUGUUCUUUAUCUUUGCCAAUGGUUUACUUAACACAUCUGCUACAUUUUCUUCACUUGACACAUAAGUACAGGUGAUUACAUUGUCUUGUACACAGCAACGUACAUUUUGGUAUUUUACAGAGAUAUGUUUGGAACGCGAUUUGAAACCCUCUGUUUUACUUAAGGUUAUACAAGCUUGAUUAUCAAUGUAAACUUGUACUGGUUCUCCACAAUUUACAUUUAUAUCUGCUAACAAAUGCUUGAAAUAAAUCACCUCAUUGC